CUUGUUCUCUGUUUGUUGAUUUUAGACGACGGCAAGUUCGCUCGCUCCGACGUGGAUUUAAUCGCGCUAAAUUCCUGGUUCCAUCGACUUCACGAGCGUAUGUGGCCGCCGUCGAUGUGACUGCGCGGACGCCCGGCAUCGGUUGACAGGUGGCCGCAAUCAGUCCGCCCUGUCCGGACUAACUUCACAGUGUGGCCAUGUCGUACCUGCGGGGCUCACCGAAUUAUGUCUGGAACACCAGGGACGUGCUUGGAAAGGGUGCCACCGGAGCUGUCUAUCGAGGUGUCCACAAGCAAACGGGUGAGCCAGUGGCCGUGAAGACAUUCAACCAGGUCAGCCAGCUGCGGCCUCUCGAGGUGCAGAUGCGCGAGUUUGAGGUUCUCAAGAUUGUCAACCAUGAGAACAUUGUGCGGCUCCUGGCCGUCGAGGAAGAUGUGGAGAACCACAGCAAGGUGCUGGUGAUGGAGCUGUGCACUGGCGGAAGCCUGUUCACCAUCCUGGACGACCCAGCCAACAGCUAUGGACUCGAAGAGUACGACUUCCUCGGCGUUCUCCGUGACCUCAGUGCAGGCAUGAAACACCUGCGCGACAACAACAUCAUUCACAGGGACCUCAAACCAGGCAACAUCAUGAAAUAUGUUGCCGAAGAUGGCAGGUUUGUCUACAAGUUGGCUGACUUUGGUGCUGCCCGAGAGCUUCAGGAUGACCAGCAGUUCAUGUCGCUGUACGGCACAGAAGAGUAUCUGCACCCUGACAUGUAUGAACGGGCUGUGCUGAAGAAAAGUGCGGGCAAGUCCUUUGGUGCCACAGUGGAUCUGUGGAGCAUUGGCGUGACACUGUACCAUGUGGCAACGGGGGCCCUGCCUUUUCGACCCUACGGGGGACGUCGCAACAAGGACACCAUGUUCUGCAUCACUUCCAAGAAGGAGUCUGGCGUCAUCUCGGGCGUGCAGAACACGGAGAAUGGUCCCAUUGAGUGGAGCAAGGAGCUGCCCCGAACCUGCCUCUUGUCCCCGGGGCUACGAGAGAAGGUUGUCCCUCUGCUGGCUGGACUGCUGGAGUGUGAUGACUCCAAGAUGUGGACCUUUGAGCAGUUCUUUGAGUCUGUCACGGAGGUCCUCCGCUGCCGCCUGGUUCAUGUGCUGUACCUGAACGAGGGACGCGAGAUUCAUGCCUACCUACCCCCCCAGGCAACGCUCUCUGACCUGAAGGCCGAGGUGUACCAGCAGACGAACCUCCCCGCUGCAUCUCAGCUGCUGUUGUUACCUGAGGGCGUGUUGCUGGAAAAUGCACUUGGCCGCGGCAGCUCCGCGCACGAGUUACCCCCGACCACGUUGGAGCGCCCCUACUUGCUGCUCGACAACAACUGCGCCCGAGUGCAGGUGCAGCCAGGUGCAGGUGCCCAGACAGCACGAUUUCCAGUGUUCGCCUCUCCUGCAUCGACGCUGGAACACGACGCGUCCCUUGCCAAGACUUGCUGCAGUGUUGCACAUGCAAUGCAGCGGCUCCUCGACAAGCUGUGCCGCUGCCACGGCCAGUUGUGUAAGGCACCUCAUGCGCUGAGCUGUGUUUUGGAAGAUCAGACUGAGAAGCAAAUGGCCAAGCUGAACCAGGCGAAGACCAUCAGCAACCUCCUUGACCAGCAGCUCAGGUUACUUUCCGUCAGCCACUGCGACCUGUGUGAUCUGGCAGAGCUGCUACAGCCUCAGGCACAAUCCAACGAGCUGCUACGGCUAUCACGAACGCUUGCCGACAAGCGAGAGAGCCAGGCUGCCAUGACGGAGCAGGUGUCGAAGCUGAUGGCUGACGUAGCUCACCUAGAGCAGCGCAUCUUGAAGGGGCGCUUGCUGCGGAAAGAGUGGGAGUCCCUGUGCUCCGGUGUACCGAGUCUCCAAGGAUGCUCUGAAACUGCCACAACUUACGUCCAGAAAAUCCGCGAGAGCUGGCAAGCCCUUGCCAAAGACAAGGCUCAAAGAGAGCUGUCAUUCCAUGAGAAGCAAUUCCACAUCCUCGAAAAAAACAAGAUCCGACAGACGUGCCAAAAGUUGCUGUCACUGCUCCAAGACCGCUGCCUGCAGGCUUGUCACAAGAUGGCGCAGGCAUUGGAGACGUGGGCCAAGGAUGCACUGGAAAUAUGGGCACAAAGCCGGCGCCUGGACACUGAGCUGGACAGUUGCCUGGACAUGCUGACAUCGUAUAGUGCUGCCAUCAGCAAGGCUGGCGAAGUGUUCGAGUCGUCUGCGAAUAGCCUCAUCUCGGAUCUCAAGGCCCAGCAGCAGCAUUCACCGACCACACCGCUGUCUUCCACCAUCACUGUAGCAUCGAACACUACCAUGUCAGCUGGCGACAUGCCAUCUACAAAUGGAGCCGGUCCCAGGAAACAGCGCCUUCCUCGACAAAUCACUCGCGGGCUCCAGAACCUCGAAGUAAGCACUGCCGAGUUGCUCCAGCUCAUGGAGGACAACUACGCUGUUACAAUGAAGCUCUUUGAGCUGUCGAUCCCGCCUCAAGCACCAGCUGGCGAGGACUCGUGACCUGACGAGUUGCCGAACGCAGUAACGAUCUGUGCUGGCCCAUGGCCUUCACUAGUAUUACUUAGCAUGUCAAUGUGACGACUGUUACCUGUUUACAACAUUGUUAAUGACUUCAAGUGCUUUGUGUUGCGCUUGAAAAGCAAAUAUGUAUAUGUACAGACCUGUGCAUCGUUCUGCUGUGCAUGACUCUAUGUGGGAUGAUGCAACGAUUUUACAAAUAAAGUAAUCAUGUGGGCCCUACUCCACCACAACAAAAAUAAGGUGAUUGUUUUAUUUUUUACCGUCUCUCCUCCGUUAGAAGGCAUGAAAAAUGAAUAGAUAAUGUAAUGCAUUUAAAUAACCCUUAAGGCUAAUUGUUAGCAGUUGGAAAUGCAGAAUUAUUUCAAUGAGUUGUGUAAUUUGCGAUUUGUCCCUUGAGUACUUGGAAGCUCAGGGAAUCAUCAUUUUAUUGGGGAAAAAAGAAAAGCAGUAGCAGUCCCUGAAAGUGGCUGUGCAGUUAGUUAUAAUUGUUAUUGAGCUCUGUUUUCUCCACAGUACAUGAAGAAUUGGAAUCGCACGAAAAUCCAGUUUGACAAGUGUUUUUUCAGCAUACUCUUGAGGCGCUAAUUGUUAGCAGUUGGAAAUGCAGAAUUAUUUCAAUGAGUUGUGUAAUUUGCAAUUUGUCCCUUGAGUACUUGGAAGCUCAGGGAAUCAUCAUUUUAUUGGGGAAAAAAGAAAAGCAGUAGCAGUCCCUGAAAGUGGCUGUGCAGUUAGUUAUAAUUGUUAUUGAGCUCUGUUUUCUCCACAGUACAUGAAGAAUUGGAAUCGCACGAAAAUCCAGUUUGACAAGUGUUUUUUCAGCAUACUCUUGAGGCUUAUUAUGAAUAUUUCAUUCUGUUGCCGCAAAGUUGAAAGUAGUGCUUGUGCUGUAUUGGUCUUCUAACUUCCUUAUUUUUUGCCAUUGUUUUUAAGUUUGCAUCAGUGCAUUGUUGCUUUGUCAUUCUGUUGAGCAUUCCUACAAGAAAACAAUACUUGGGAUGUUUAUGGUUGGUUGAUUCUCAUUAAACUUGGGAUAAAUUUUAUAACUCUUGUAGUGAGGAUUGUCCAUAGUGCAAUCCUUGAACUGACAUUUGCAAGCAUUGAUUUUCAUAGAGCUUGUUUUGUUUCAACCUGUAAAUAAUUCAAUGAGAAUGGUUACAAUUCAAAUGCACUCAUGCUCAUAUGUGACAGAGGUGUAUUGAAAUAUGAGCUAUAUUUUGUGAUGACUUUUUAUUCAAAUUUGAGAGAACUGUGUUCUUGUUUUCUCAGUUUGUUCUUGUUUCAGAAAUGUCAUUUGCUUUGCACUGCCACCUAAAGAUGGCAUUUAUGCAAUCAAUUGUUAUAGUAAUCAAAAUAAAUAGUUCAUUUUCUCUCUCUUUUCAUUUUUCUUUGAUGUUUAUCCAGAAAUGAAAAUCGAAGAUGGUUUCUCUUUGUGGGAAAUAUUUGUGCCUCUUCAUUGAGCACCUUAGCACCUACAAAAUAACCAAGCAGUUUCAGAGGGAUUUGCAUGUGGUGGUGAUCACUGCCCAGGAAGAAAAACAGAAACAUCAACAUAAAAAAUUUUCACUGCGGCAUGAAUGGGGGAAUGAUAAUGAUAAGCAAUGCUUUAAAAACUAAAGCAGAAUUUCUGUGAAAGGAUUUCUUGAGCUUCUGGCGUUCUACCUUUAGUCCUACCUUCAUAGGACGGGAAGAGGGCAUCUAUACAGAAAUCAGGGGUGUGCAUUGGGUCGAACGUGGCUCCUGUUCUCAGCAAUAUCUUCCUAGCCAAAGUUGACAGGGCUAUUGAACCUAACUUGAACGGGUUCGCGAAAGCAGUUUACAAUCACGUAGACGACUAAUUUUCGUAGAUAGGAGCAACUUCAUCGAACAACGUGAUUAGUAUUCUGAAAAUCUUCAGGGAGAAUGCUUGUGGUUUAGAUUUUACUAUUGAAACACUGUCGCAAAGUGCAUUGCAAUUCUCAGAUCUGAGCUUUCCUUCCUUGACAAGCAAGUAGACUGGCUAAUACCACCCUCGUAGUUCCAAGCCCUUGCUUUCUUUCGCUUCUGCUCAUUUGAAAAUCAUAAAAAUGGUACUGCCUUUUCUACCUUGAGAAAUGCUCACAAGCAUACAAUCACAUAUCCUCAGGCUAAAUUAGCUAAUUAUCUGGAAAGUGUUCUUUUUCUAGCUUACCAUAAGCUUUUGUGAAAUUUGAAAAGCGCCUUGAAAGGUAACACUACAUCAGCGAAAGAAAAGAAAAAAGAAUAAGUCCGUCAUUUUAUCUUACGUUCACCAACUGUCACAUAGGCUUGACAAGGGGCCUCACGUCAUGGUAUAGAAGUGGUCUUCGCUGCCAAGAAUAAGGUCAACAGUGUUUGCGGGGCGGUGCGAAAGCUCGCCGAAAGUGGCCCGUUAUUGCAUAAUGCAUGCUACAUUAAGCACAAUAAUAUGUUUGUACAGUGUCGUUGGAGGCAGGAUACCCUUUGCGUGUGGGAGCAGUUUAUAUUGGUCAGACAUGGGCGUUGUGUAAACUCGAGACUGAGGGAGCACCAAAAUUCUCUCCGGGGUAUUGUGUCCUUGAAACACUUGGCCAUGCACUGCCAGGACUGCGGAUGCACAGCAGAUUUUUCAAGAAGGGGGGGGGGGGGUCUUUUCUGCCACCUGCGACCAGCUGAGAAGGAAAAUAUUCAAUGCCCACAGAAUUCAAAAGGCAGGGCAAAACUCUGUCUGAACCGUAAAUCACUCUCCAUGAUAAUGAAAUAUCAUUUUUAGAUUAUUACCGCUGACGUCAUUAAGAUAUGAUGUCUCGUGUCUACACGGAAGUGUUUUCAGUUUUCCUGCUUUGAAAAAGCAUGUGCGGAAAAAACAUGUAUAUGUUUGGUGUUUCUUCAUUAAAUUUUUCAGUUGAAACUC